GCAGAUCUCAGUGAGUUUCGAAAUAAAAUUUCACGUCUCAGUUAGAAUGAGCUUAGAUUUAAGUGAGAGUUUGAGGCGAGAAGACCUUGCAAAAUAUUCACAAAAAUUGGACAAUCAUUAACAACAACAACACAAGUGAAAGCCGAAGACGAAAAUUUCAAAACUUUUUUUAAAAUAAAAUAAUAAUUAAUCGAAAAGUUUUUGUUCAAAAAAAGGAAGAAAGCAAGUGCUGAAUAAGUUAGUACGCAUUUGUGCAAAAAGACUUAUUGCAAAAAUUGCAAAAGUGGAAAUAAAUUAAAAAAGUAAAAAAAUGGGUUUGCAGAGAAUAUUAUUGGCAUUGCUGCUUAGCUGUGCCGCAAUGGACAUAUUUAUUUGUCCACAACCUGUGCAGGGCUUUGCCAUCGGUCAAUCGAAAUACGGACGCAUUGAGAAGUUUCCUUAUCAAGUGAUGUUGAUCGGCAAACAGUUGUGGCGCAAACGCAUACUUUGCGGUGGCACGCUGCUCGAUCAACGCUGGAUACUCACCGCUGGACACUGCACCAUGGGCGUCACACAUUUUGACAUCUACCUAGGCGCGCUCACCAUCGAGGAUGGCGCUGAAACGGGACGCCUAGUGUUGCGCUCGAACAAAUUCAUCGUGCACGAAGGCUUCGAUCCCGAUACGGCGGCCAAUGAUAUUGCGCUCGUCAAGCUACCCAUAGAUGUGACCUACACAACGCGUAUACAACCCGCUAUGCUGCCUUACCUCAGGCGUAACGAUGCGCUGACCGGCGCCAAAGUUGUCGCCACCGGCUGGGGUGCCAACAACGAGAUGUCCAACUAUAACCCCAUGCAAUACACCGAACUGCGUGUGAUCUCUAAUCAGGAGUGCGCCAAUGAAUUCGAUGUGGUGACAAACGGUGUGCUCUGUGCGAAAGGCCUGCGCGACGAAACAGUCUGCUCCGGCGAUUCUGGCGGCCCGCUAGUACUGAAGAAUACACAAAUUGUAAUCGGUAUUACGAGCUUCGGACCCGCCGAUGGCUGUGAAACAAAUAUACCUGGUGGCUUUACGCGUGUCACUUACUAUUUGGAUUGGAUCGAAGCGAAAACGGGUCGACUGGGACAAAACUUGCCACUUGUUGCACAACAACAGGUGUCACAGCGCGCGCAAACGCUCAUGCGCAAUGUUGUGCGACUCAACGAUAAUGUGGUGUAACUUAGGGCGCCAGUAGGCGUGUGAGUGAGGAAGUGCAAAAUUUUAAGGAGAAUUUGUGAAAAUUUGUGUCUUUUGACUGACUGAAAACAAAGCUUUAACUAGUGAUUUUUAACUAGUAUUUAUUAUUAACUAUAAAGAAGUGUGUAAAUACUCAUGUUAGAAAGGUAGACAUUUUUUUAGUAGCGCGCUUGGCAUGAGCUGUAUUGCGCUCGAGCGUCCGCAUGUGAUUUAUUCGUGAAAGCGCUGUGACGCAAAGCGCAUACAGGUGCAGUGCCGUUAGCAGCGCGCAAAGUCGACAUAAGCGCACGUGUGUGUGUGUGUAGCUAACGGGACUCGUUCGACGCGUUCUUUCAAGUGUCCAGUUGCUGGCGCGCGUCAUUAAAAAUGCACGUGAUUAAACGAUUUUAAGUGAAAUGUUUUAUGAACUAAAACCAACAUACAUACAUAUUUAUAUUUAAGUAAUAUUGUAUUACGAAUUGGAAGAUUGUGAUAUUUGUGACUAGUGGUCAAUAGCAAAAAUUUUGGGCAGGUGUGCAUGUGUGUGUGUGUGUGUAUGGGACUUGUUUUCAGCUUUAUUAAAUUUAGUGAAUGCAACGCUUAACUUAAAAUCAAAAUUAUUAUAAAUACACACACACACACACAUACACAUAUAGACUUAUAUAGUAUUAAGCAUGAUAUUUAAUGUAUUAUUUAUUUUAAUUAAUUGCACGAAAGGAAUUACGUGUUUGCGCGUAAUGUUAUAUCUUGGUUUUUUGCUUUUAUAUAAACUCACACACACGUACAAACAUAUCUGCCGUUUUGUAUUUUUUUAUCAACGCAAACUAAAUUAAAUUUUAUGAGUUAAAAGGCAAAAACAAGUUAUAUGGUUAUCAGCAAACAAUUAAUAUUCAUUUUUACAUAUUUUAACGUAUAUAAUAUAUAAGUAUGUAUAAGAACAAAACCACAAAAACAAAAUCAAAACAAAUUAAAAAAAAAACAAUGAAAAUAA